CCACUAAAUCGCAUACUUUUCAAAACAUCUUUUUUUUUUUUUUAAGGAAAUAUUUGUAGCGAAAUAACUAGGAAAUUCACCAAAAACGCGUUUGAGGCACAAUGGUGAAGUGAGUAGCAUAAUAAAUGUUACUCAGCUUAACGAAAAAAAUAAAUUGCAAACUACGGAAUUUCGCUUUGUUCCCUAUACUAUCGACUGCAGUGUUUUGAAUUCUUACACAGUGUCCAAAGUCCACCACCACGAUGGAUGACGAUUCUGGAUCUAAUGGAAUUGAGCCAAGUGUAAUAAUUGUUGUCAUAGUUGUGAUUCUUGUGAAGAUAGGUCUUUUCAUUUGGAUAGUGCCCAAAUGCAUACAAAGAUUUCAGGUUGUUCAUGAUCGAAGAUCAUCAAGUAGCAAGACACCAAACAAACAAUUUAUGACAGUGACUAUGGAUAAGUUUCUGAAUGACAUGGAAAAGGAGAAGCCAAUCAGGUUCACUGAUCAACAGCUAAGGAUUGCAACUGAUAAUUACUCUUAUCUGUUGGGGUCAGGAGGUUUCGGAGCUGUUUAUAAAGGAAGCUUUAGCAACGGAACCAUCGUAGCUGUGAAGGUUCUACGUGGGAUUUCUGAUGACAAGAGAAUGGAUGAACAGUUUAUGGCAGAAGUGGGUACCAUUGGGAAAGUUCAUCAUUUCAAUCUAGUUCGUCUAUAUGGAUUUUGCUUUGAAAGUCACUUGAGGGCACUGGUUUAUGAGUACAUGGCGAAUGGCGCGCUUGAGAAGUACUUGUUUCAUGAAAACACAACCUUAUCAUUUGAAAAGCUUCAUGAGAUUGCAGUUGGCACAGCCAGAGGCAUUGCUUACUUGCAUGAAGAGUGCCAACAGAGAAUAAUCCAUUAUGACAUAAAACCAGGAAACAUUCUCUUGGACAGGAAUUUCAAUCCUAAAGUUGCUGAUUUUGGUUUGGCCAAGCUUUGCAAUAGGGACAAUACUCAUGUAACCAUGACUGGGGUUAGAGGGACUCCUGGCUAUGCUGCACCUGAACUUUGGAUGCCAUUUGCUGUAACUCACAAGUGUGAUGUUUACAGCUUUGGCAUACUGUUAUUUGAAAUCAUUGGUAGGAGAAGACACCAUAACAUUAGCCUUCCAGAAAGUCAGAAGUGGUUUCCAAUGUGGGUUUGGGAAAAAUUUGAUGCUGAACAACUGGUUGAUUUGAUAACAGCAUGUGGGAUAGAGGAUCAAAAUAGGGAGACAGCAGAAAGAAUUGUUAGGGUAGCUCUAUCGUGUGUUCAAUAUAGGCCAGAAUCAAGACCUGUAAUGAGUGUUGUGGUGAAAAUGUUGGAAGGUUCUGUUGAAGUUCCAAAACCUCAAAACCCAUUUCAACACCUGACAGGUUGGACUUCUCCUACUUUUCCAGUCCUAGAAUUGCAGAUCGGUACUGAUACAAGUAUUAGUUCUGACUCUUCAGCAAUGGUAACCAAAUCCGUCAAUGUACUUGCCAGUACUCCUGUUAUGACUAAGUGUGAGAUUGAAUCAGCCUCUGCCUAAAAUUGUUUAAAAUGUGGCAAUGUUGUUAUUCUUUUCUUCUUCAUAUGCCUUCUCAUAAGUUCGUUAUUUGUCCAGGAGAGUUUAACUCAAUUGGUUGAAUAGGAACAUGAGUGUUGUAAACAAUUUAGUACUAAAUUAUAUUCUUACCCAUAAGUUCGUUAUUUAUAUGAUGGGUUGUUAAUACCCUAGACCUUUUAGUUAUGUAAUGUUUGGAUUAAUUAAACUGCUUGAGUUAUUGAA